AUGAGCCAUACUCAUGGCCACUAGCGAAUUAUAAGUUGUAUGGUCCAAAGGGGUGAUCGAUUCAUUUAAGCUUUCAGUCGGUACUUUAUUAGAUUGGAAUUCAGUUAAGUCAAAUUACACACAUCUAACAUGGCUGAUCCUGAUGCACCUGCCUGGAUGCUUGAUGACAUCGAAGACGAACCUACUAAUGCCGGCGGUGAUGAAGAAGUCGUCGAAGAGAAUAAUGCACCGGCCCAAAAAGCUGAAGCGCCUAAGCCACCAGCUGAAUGGAGAAAAACUUAUAAGCUUGCUAUCGAGGAGAAAGACAGGCGCAAGAUUUUCAGACACUGGGCCCGACCGACCAGGCUUCAGUAUCAAAUCUUGUACGACUACCAAAGUAAUUACUACGACGACUACAUAAGGUACAUGGACAGGCGACAGAGGGGACUGUACGACCCGGUCCCCGUGCCGCAGACGUGGGAGGAACGCGUGCUCAGGACGUGCACCAAAGAUGGUCGCCGUCUGUCGUCGUCCGACUUCCCGCUGGUCAAGUCCAAGCUCAACGACUACGUGACAAUACCAUCCGUUUGCCGGGCUGACCACGACAAGCAUUACUACUACAGACAGUACUACGACCAGCUCAUCGGUACACCUUGGGUUACGUUGACAACAUUAGGACGUAAUCCCAAUAUGUUGAAUGUACCGCGGCCAACAAUCAAAGACCGAUUACAUGCUCAAAAUAUCUAAAUUUAUUAUUUUGAAUGCUGCAGACAAAUUAGACUCACAACAAAUUCUGCCGUAUAACAUACAUAUUAUGUAUUAUAGAACCAUCAACCAAUAAAACUGAAUUUCUACAUUA